AGACGAUGCAGCAGAAGCAGAAGAAGAAGAAGAACAGGUUGCAGCGUAAUCAUGGCCACGGCUGACAGCGGGACGAAGCCGCUUCAAAGUGCCAUGAAAAUGGCCAAAGUGGCAAUACAGUUGGACGGAGAGAACAAGCACAAGGAGGCUUACUGUGAAUACCUCCGGACGAUAAACUACAUCUCACAUUCACUGUUGGAGGAAGCUGCUUCGCAAGACGCAGAGGACGGGGACGUGGUGGAGGUGGAGCGGAUGCUGAGGCUGGCAGAGCAGUGUCUGGAGCGAUCCAAGGCCUUUGUGGGGAGGAGAGGCGAGCCCCCCGACCUCCUUGACGCCUCCGCCUCCCGUUCACGUUCACCUGGCCAAUCGCAGCGGAGCCCCCCGCGACCGGCCGCCGUUGCGGCAAACGCCGCCCCUCUGUUUGAUUCUCCCGGUGAAGCGGCCGGUCACCGCGGGGUGCCGUCGGAUGGCGAUGGGGACGUCUCCCCCUUCCUGCCCCCUGAAGUCUUCCAGAGACUACAAACCGUGGAGUCACGGGACGCGAGCAAAAAACAGCUGACCCCCAUUGAAGAAGCAUCACGUUUGAACCAGAAGUUGAAAGCCAACUAUGAAGCUCGUCUGGCGAGGCUCACACCUGGUCAGGCCUACCAGAAGACGUCUUUGACGCUGUCGCUCCAGCGACAGAUGAUGGAGAACCUGAUCAUAGCCAAAGCCAGACAGGAUGCUCUCCAGCGGAAGAUGGAGGAGAGAAGACUGAGGCUACAGGAGGAGGCCAACAGGUACGCUCCAGCGACUCCGGAGGUUUCCCUCAUUCCCCAGCCAGCGACGCCGGAGGUUUCCCGCGUUCCCCAGCCGGCGAUUCCGGAGACUUUCAUAGCCCUGCAGUCGGCACUCCGGAGCCAGACUGCUGACCGUCCUCCGGACCGACCCACCGGGAGCUCCCCGGCCGUCUGA